AUGACAGUCAAGAUGGACGUUGCUACGCUUGUGGCGCAGAUGAACGAGGCCCUCGCGUCGAUCCAUUCGACAAUCGAGGGUCUGUCGACAUCUGCCGCCGAGAGCGACUCAAAGCUCGACGAGCUCGAGCAGAAGCGUGACAUGACGCUCGCAGAGCUGAAAACGACCUACGAAAAAGAGCGAGAAGAGCUCGCGGCCGCGCAUCAGAAAGAGCUGGAAGACAUUGCCGAGCAGAGGCGGAAAGAAGAUGAAGAGCGAGAAGCCCGUCGCCGGCGGGAAGACGAGGAACUCGCGGCCCGCAAGGCGAAGGAAGACGAAGAGAAGCAAGGCAGUUUUGAUACCACUACCCGUAAUGUCGAAGACGAGAUGGACAACCUCAUGGACACCGUUGAAGAAGAGACGGCCAAGACGAUUUCAGAGGGCGAAGCGAAGCUGGCGGAACUCGAGGCGAAGAGAACGGAACUCAACCGCAUGAUCGAGGAGCAGAUGAAGGCCGCGGUGCCUCCGGUUCCGACGCGGAAACGAGCAAGAACAUCACGGCGAUCCGGCGCCGUCCCAUCUGCGGAACCGUCUCCGUUACCUCCGGUCGAUGCCCUCGCCGAACCUACCGGGGACAAGAGCGUAGAUGAAGGAAAGCCCGCCGAAAACGGCGGUGCACCUGAAGAGAAGGCCGAAGAGGCUGCUCCCGAGCUACCCGCCGAGCCGGCUGACGAGGUACCGGCUGGUGCGGCGGCCGAGGAAGACAAGGCUCCCGAAGGUGAUAACUCCCAGCCACAACCCGAAGAACCUGUGGCUGAAAAGAGCAUGGAGGAGGCCACUAGCACCGAGGAGGCACAUCCCGCCGAGGAGGCGGCGGCGGCGGCGGCGGCACCCGAAGCCGAAUCCGAGGAGGACCCCAAAGACGAAGCUAUCGUCGAGGCUCCCGCACCAGAAGAGGCUCCCGAGCCCGAGAUCAAGGAAGAUGCCAAAGAGGAGCCCGCUGAGAGCGCAGCUGCUCCCGAUGAGAACCAAGAAAGGGCCCUGGCUGAAAGCGAGGAAACCCCUGCUGAGGCUUCUGAUGAAGUCCAGCACGCUAGUGCCGACGAAGACAAACACGAUGCGGUUGAAGUUAGGGGAUUGGCAGUGGAGACCCCGGAGAGCGCACCCGUCGAGGAAGCUCCUGCUAUCGAGGAGCCUUCCGCCGAAGAGCCAGCAACGAGGGAGCUAUCCACAGACGAGCAGACAUCUGAUCAAGGCAACGCUGCCCCCGCCCCAGAGGAGCUUGGGGAUGAACCUUUUACUAAGGAAGCUCCCGCUGCCGAAGAAGCUCCUGUUGCCGAGGAUGCUCCCACCGAGGAUACCCUCACCGCUAAUGAGCCAGCGACGGAUCCUAUAGUAGAAGAGCCAGCCGCUCCUGAAGAAUCUCCAGCAGAAGAGGUUCCGGUAGAUGAAAGGUCGGUUGCAGAAGCACCCACAGAGGAGUCAACUGCCGCUGAGGAGAUCCCUGCUGUGAAGGAAGUCUCUGUCGACGAUGAUCAGCCACCUGCAGAAGCUUCAAUCGAGGAACCUUCACAGGAGGAAGCCGCUUUUGACGAGGCACCUGCUGAAGAGCCUAACGUCGAGGAGCUUCCCCACGAAGAGCAACCCGCUCCGGAAGCUCCGGAAGAUGAUGUCUCAAAGGAAGAGCCUGUCAAUGAAGAGGCACCCGCUGAAGAGAUACCUGCCGAGGAAGGGCUCUCUGAAGAAGCUUCUACCCCAGUGGAGGAAACCAAGACUCCCGAAGAGAGCGUCCUUGCCGAUACGGAGCCGGUCGCGACUGAGGCCGAUGUCCCUGGCCAGGAUGAAACAUUUAUCGAGCCAAUUCAGGCCACCGAGGAAGCGGAAGAGAGCCUUGAAGCGGAGGCAAUACCGGCUGAGGCUACUUCUCACGAGCUAGCACCCAUCGCAAGUGAAGAUGCCGCUCAGCCCGAAGAAGACACUACCGAGGACGCCACACCUAGUGAUGCCGCACCUGACCCGAGCCCACAAAGUGUGGAAGAUGAUACCCAAAAGCUAGAAAAUGAAGAGACUGGAGACACUGGUACCGAAGAAGUUUCCGGGGAGAGAUCACUGCCUGAGUUCUCAAUGAACGCUGUCGACGAUGAGCCUACUGCAGAAGCAACUCCAGUCGUAGACAACAGCGACGAAGUCGAGGAGCAGAUUCAACCAGAAGCGGCCCAGGCCGACGGAUACGUUGCUCCUGAUUCAACGGAGGAUCAGAACGUUACCGAUGUCGGUCCCAAGGCUGUCGACGAAGACGCAGACCAGGAAGUGCCCAAAUCACAAGAGGAGGAUGUGCCGCGUCAAGCUGAGAUGGUGGCCCCUGAAGAGAACCAAGCUGCGGGCGAGACAGCUCAAGGUGAACCCGUUUCGCAAAAGGAAGUUGAUGUCGCCGAAGACUCAACAGCACCAGCAGAAGAUGUUACGACCGAAUUGAUUGAGUCUGACGAAGAAAUACCUGAGGAUACCCCUGAGAUUGAGGCUAUUAAGGAUCUGGAAGCGCCUCUUGAUCCAGCAGCAUCUGUGCAACAAGACGCUCAUAUUCAGGAUGAGGUAGCUGCGGCACACACGGAAGCGUCGGAUGACAUCCCUGUUCAAGUCGAGAUUCCUGCCCCCGAGAACUCUGCCAUUGAAGAUGAGGUGCCAGCAGCGGACGAGACCACAAGCCGCGAUGAGGUUCCUGGUUCAGAAGAAAUCGAGUCUGAGCAGACAACAUCUUCCGAAGAGACACCUGUCGAAGAGGUGUCUCCUGAGGAAAUACCUGUCGAAGCAGUACACCACGCAGAAGACAAGCCCGUGGCAGAUGAUGGAACCCCUCCCUCAGUGGCUGUCGAACCGGCUGUUGGUGAGCAGGUUGCCGGGGAGGAUCUCGCCGAGGUAGCUCCUCCAAGUGACUCUGAGACCGCAGAGGAUGUGACUCUCGUUGAAGAAGCGGAUGCGCCUACCUCUUCAGAUCAAGCCGUUCCUGAAGCAGCUUUAGCUGAAGAUCAACCAAUCACUGAGUCCGAAGAGCCUGAUAGGGCUGCAAUCAAGGAGGAUGAAGAUAUCGCGCACGCCGCUCCGGAAGACGAUGCUACCAAGGAGACUGUCAAAGCCGAAGAGGAGUCACCUGGAGAAGAGCCAAGCAUCGAUGCACCAGACACGGAAGAGUUCGAGUUCCAUGAUGCCAGCGAGGCUCAAGCCGAAGACACUGCCCAAGUCCCAGAUGCUGAGAUAACUGCAGCCAAUGAGAUUGAUGAACCUGCGGUAUCACCCAUAGAUGACGAUAUCCAAGCUCAGCACGACUCUGAUGAGGCAGAAGCCGAAGUCAGUGAUGCAUCCCCGACAACACAGGAGGAAGAGCCUGUGCCAAACACUGCCAGCAAAGAGCUUGAUGAUGGAGAUUCCGAACACGGGGACGCCUCACAUCCGCCACAAGAACAACUCGCUGGUGCUUUCAAUGGCACAGUUGAGAACGAUUCCGCUGCUGGAUCUUUUGAAGCCCCCACCGAAGCCCCUGCCGAACCCGUUUUGAUGGAGCAUGUUGCUGCUGAUGAUGAUGAGGUGCAAACUACUGAAACUGAGGGUCAUAUUGAGGAUGAGAAGGUCGAAGUUGAUUCAACUCCAGCUGAACAUGAUACGGAGGAAGAGCCUACUGCAGCUCCUGCAGAUGAGUCCCUCGCUAUCGACGUGGAUGAAUCUGAUGUCGGUGAUGACUACGGUCAUACCGCAAUGUCUCAGCCCUCUGCAGCUGAAGCCAACAAGGAGGAUGCCGAGGAUAACGAGGAUGUUCCAUCGUCGGCAGAGGAGGAAGCUCCACAAACGGAUGUCCCUGAAACAGCUGAGGAUGACGCAACGGCAAAGGCCGGCGAAGCAGCACAUACUCUUGAGGAACCUGAGUCACCGCCAGCCGAGGCCCUCGAGGUCAACCAGUUUGAAGAUUACCAAGGGAAGCACGACGAUGAGGAUGGAGCAAUGAAGGUUUCGCCAAGUCACGAUAUUAGUGUCGAAAACGAGACCACUCAGCAUGAUCUUGAUCAUGGUGAAUUCGAAGUCGUCCAUGCGCUCCAUGACGACGCUGGUUUCGAUGAGGCUGACCAGUCCCGGGGACCCGACCUCUCCGCCAUCACUGAGCACACUGAGCCUGCUACAUCCACGGCUGGUGAUACCUCUGGGCUGGCUUCAAAGACUGAAGAUGAAUUCCAUCCUGAGACCCUCAGCCAAAACAUCCCUGAAAUCACGGAUGCGGCAGUUGAGAGCUCUUACAUGACCGAGCCCACGGGCAUGGCUAUAGAAGAUAGCUAUGACCAUGAUCAACAACCAGAGAGCUUCACGCCUAGUGCUAGCUUUGUUGAUGAUCACUUUGGGACGAGGCAGGUUCACUUCAACGAGGAGGAAGACGAUGACCACUCUUCACCAGUUCUGAGCGUCAGAGACGAGGACAGCGACGGCGAUGAGCCUGUAGAGACGUCUUACAACCCGUUCGCCAGGGCCAGAUCCGGCUCCAUCGCCCACGCGCAGCCGACAUUCCAUUCGCAAGACAUACCGUACAAUCCGUUUGCAUUGCAGACGGUCGUCGAGGAAGAGCCGCUCCAUGAGACGACCAACCCGUUCGCGAGAAGUCCAGGUCGAGGGCCUCAAGAAGACUCUACCAACCCGUUUGCACGCAACGCCACCAGUGGCGCGGAUUUCCUCCGUUCUGCCAGCGCUCUAGGGAACAACCAGUCUUCUUCUCCCGAAGAGACCUUCCCUCGGUCUCCCAGUGCACAAGGAAACCGCCGAGAUAGUGUGAGCUCCAAUAAUCCCUUCGCCAGAAGCACGACUCCUGUCGACCGAAGCUUUUCACCAGCCCUGAGCACUCCCGGACGACAACGCGCGCCAAGCAACCCUUUCGCUCGUAGUACGACACCGCAAGAGAGCUACCCACUGGCAGAAGAAAGCGAUUCCGAGGAUGAGGAGGCCAUGAUGGCGGCAGAGUCAACGUAUAAGAAUCUGUUCCCAGUCAAUCAAUCACCUGAGGUUGUCAAUGAUGGAUUCGCCUCCGCCGCUCAGUCGAUUGAGCGUCGUCAACCCACGCCGCAGGUCCCUGAGACCAUGUACAGCAACCCCUUUGCUCGAAGCAGCGCAUCAGAUCAUAGUUUCCUGCCCACCGAGAGCACUCUGGGACAGGCUCAGUCUGAGGCCACGUAUAACAACCCAUUCGGGGCAAGGAGUAGCAUUAUUGGUGGUGAUGUUGACGAGUCAAUAUUCGAUCAAGGCUAUCCUUCCGUCAUUGCAGGGCACGAGCAUGAUGGUGAGGGUGUGAUGGAUCCUGCCGCUCAGCUGUUUACCCAAGAAAACAGCCCGCUGUCGGCCAGGCACCUUGCUCCAGUCACUCUGGACAGCAUUCAAGAGCGAUAUAACAGCGAACUGGAGGAUAUGGAUUCAGACUCGGAGGAGCCAGAGAGCCUUACCACCUCCCAGCAGCUGCCGGCUGCACAACAACGAGCCCCUCCCCCUCUCCCAAGUAUCGCAGAGCGUUCUCGUCAAGGGUUCGACGACGGCUCCUCUGAAGAAGAGGAUGAGUGGGACACUCGUGCUCCUCAGCCUAGCCACAUCAAUUCUUUGUUGACAUCUUCCCAAUACAGAUCGAGCCCCCCUCCCCCUCCCCCUCCGCGUAUUACAAGCUCCCAGGGUCACUAUGCUCAAGAUGCGGAAGACUCAUCCGAGGACGACGGCGAUAUCUUCCACGCGCAAUCACCGGCACAGACAAAUCCUCUUUCAUCAUCGCAGUACAGGGCAACUCCUCCACCUCCUCCACCACCACGCGCGCCAAGUUCACAAGGGCACUACGCUCAACAACAACAACAACAACAAGCAGAAGACUCGUCAGAAGAGGAGCAGGCUGACUGGGACGACGCCUUCGAGCCCGCGCAGCUAAGCAAGUUGCCGACUUCGCAAUUUGAGACCACUCCCCCGCGUCCACCUCCAAUCCCUCCACCACGUGCCUCCAGUUCCCUGUCACAGAGCCACUACCCCGUCGAGGACUCGGACGAGGAAGACCAAGGUGUCUCGCCCUCUGCCGCUGCCCAGUCCAAUCUUCCCAGUGCGCUGUCACCAUCUGGUUAUCGGGCGACUCCGCCGCCGCCACCGCCGCCGCGUGCACCCAGCUCUCAAGGCUUCUAUCAUCAAGAGCAAGCGGACUCAAGUGAGGACGAACACCCCUUCAGCCACGACAUUGCUCGACCUGGUCAGUUCCCCAUUUCAUCAUCAUCAUCUCAGUUCAGGGCUACACCGCCCCCACCCCCGCCGCCGCGGGUACCAAGCUCUCAAGGUCAAUACCGCCAGGAGAUUGAGGAUUCCAGUGACGAAGAGGAGGAGGAUGCUUGGGAUUCGAAUGCCGCUCGGCCCGGUCAGAUGCCAAAUCUAUCGACGUCGCAGUACAGGGCGACUCCGCCGCCGCCUCCGCCUCCACGUGCACCCAGCGCUCUGGAUCGUCACCGUCAGGAAUUCGAGGACUCCGACACCGAGGAGAAUGAGGAGGCAUGGGAAGCUAAUAGAUAUGGCCAGACAACGAGCAUGAUGGGAGCAAGCAACCUGAUGGGGAACAACCCGAUGGGAGUAGACCCGAUGAGAUCAGCAAGCCCGCUGGGUGCGAGUCCGAUGAGAGCCGCCAGUCCAGAGGCGCCCAGUUACCUGGCAUCGACAAGUCCGAUGAGGUCGGCCAGCCCGACAGCGCACAGCAACCUGAUGGAGUCAGCAUUCAGGGGGUCGAUACCGGCAACAAGCAGUCAGGACCUACAAAGUCAUCAAAGAGAAGAAGGCGGGGAAGAAAGCGAUGAUUCAUGGGAGAACAUUGGUAAGCGCGGUGGUGAGACCAGCCCAGUCGAGGCAAAGUUCACCACCGCGCCAACACCGCAGCUGCGUGUCGAUAGCUACGAGCAGCAGUGGCCAAACGCGAGCAACGACCAGAUCUCCACAGCCUCGACAUAUCUACAGCCAGCAGGACCAGGAGACUUCACGGAUACUGAUUCACAAGAAUAUUUCACUCCAUUGGCGUCGGCAGGGUUUAGUGCGUCGUCGCAGGAUACGCAAGGGGCCAUGGUCUCGCCCCAGCACCCGGAGUCUCUCGGCAACAAGGAUCUCUACGACCAGACCUACAACCGCGGCGCUGGCAGCUCUCCGUAUGGUCAAGCGCACGAGACUUCGCUCGCCGAGGAGCUUGCACAACAUGACGACUCUGACGAUGAUGGCGAGUACGAUCACUCGGAAGCACCGGCCUUCCUUACCCAGAUCGGCACUGCGCAGCAGCAGCAGCAGCAGCAGCAGCAAUCAUUGAAUGAGCCUGUACUGACGCAAGUCAUCGACUCGUUCAAUAGUGAUGAAGAUGACGGCCCAAAGACUGCGGUUAUGCAACCGGAUGAGCACCCAACGCAAUAUGCCUCUUCCCGCUUCGGAGCUUCAACUUGGCGGGACGAGCUCCAUUCGCCCACCAAGCUCGGCGAUACGAGGCACAGCCGUCCCGGAUCUUUCUUAGGGGAGGAGGUGCAGAAGCCGCUUCAUCAGGAAGCCAACGCUGGCUACUCUUCUCCUCUGCGAUCCGCUUACGAGCCUGAUGCGCAGGUUGAAGGUUCGUACGGGGGACAGGAAGCGCAGUUGUAUGGCCAGGAGGCGUACACACAGCAACCAGCUGAGACUUACCCGCAAGACCCCAAUGCCCAGCAACAGUACGGUCAACUUCAGUAUGGCCAAGAGCAGUACGAGGCACAACCCUAUGGACAGGCGACUUCGUGGCAGCCCGAGGUGAAAGUAUCCGAGGUACAUGCGGAAGAGGAGCAUGAACAAUCAACUCCGCAGAUGGCACCACAGCAAAGUGAGCAAGCACCGGACAUCAGCCCCCUAGCGUUGCGUCAGGAGGAGUCGCCAGCGACGCCCUCGUCGCAGGGGACGCCUUCUCGUGGACUUGCGUUCAGCAGGCACAAUCCUGACCGACCGCAGACACCGCCUACCAUGGAAGCCGAAGGAGAUAUUGACCCCGAGCUCAUGGUCCCGCGCGAUGUGACCAACGUCCCCUGGCAUGCCCGGAACGACUCGGUUCCUCACUCGAUGCGAAGCCAGAGCACCCUGGACUCCGUAGCGUCGUCGCCGAUCCAUUCGGCGUUGCACGCUGACAAGCACGAGCCAGUCAUUCGAGACUCGUGGCCGGCUUCCGUCCAUCACUUGACGAGGCCGCGCAACGACUCGUCGCUGACUGACCGCGACGAAUACGAUCCAUUCAGGGAUGGUGACGACGGCUCAAAGGCGCGAGGGCCCUCGGGUUCCGUGGGCUCCAGUUCGGACAGUCCUCCCCGGAACACUACCUCGAACAACUCGCCGGGGAGUCUGAUCAGCCGGAUGCGCGGCAUCUUUGAGAACAGCCAAUCCAAGCAAGAACCGGUCAGCCCGGUCCGGUCACGGCCGGUAUCGGGUGUCUUUCACCCGGUCCGGCGCACUAAGCCCGGCGGCGAGGACGACGACCGGGGCUACGAGCGAAAAGCAGGAUUUCUCAACGAAGCCGAAGACGAGGUUGACGAGCAGAGCGCACUCCUACGAAGCUCUGCUGGCGGAGUCGUGAGGGUGAAGCGGGACGCCGCGUACGACGACGAGGGGGACGAGCUAGACCGGCGUCCGACGCGCCGCAAGUAUCGUAAAGACGCGAGCGGCUUGCGGGUGCCGGUCCCUUGGACCCAACACGACGAAGAAGAAAGCGGCCCCGUGGAGCCGUCUGGCGAGAGCGUGUUUCGUCUGGCAUGGUUAUUUGUCGAGGGGUGGCGGCAGAAGCUCCGCAAGGCUGGAGACUUGGUUGAGAGGACUCGGUGGGAGUGGGAGCUUGACGGGACGGCGGCUGUGUGUACGCAUAGUCGCGCGUCGAGCUUGACGUUUGGUAUGGUGAUUGCGGAUGCGCGUCUGCGCGUGCCGGACGAGCUUGGUAGAAGUAGUAAGAAGAAGAAGAAGCACAGGAAAUCGGUGCAUUGGGCGUAG